AGCGCCGGAGACUGAUCGCUGCCACAUAAUAUAGCUGCAGAGAGAGAUCGGAGGAGGAGCACACACCGGCCGGGUCGAGAGGCGAUAAUGGCGGAGACGGCGGACAUGGAGCGGAUCUUCAAGCGGUUCGACACCAACGGCGACGGCAAGAUCUCGCUGUCGGAGCUGACGGAGGCGCUGCGGACGCUGGGGUCCACCUCCGCCGACGAGGUGCAGCGCAUGAUGGCGGAGAUCGACACCGACGGCGACGGCUGCAUCGACUUCAACGAGUUCAUCACCUUCUGCAACGCCAACCCGGGGCUCAUGAAGGACGUCGCAAAGGUCUUCUGAUUGACCUGCAACAUAUAUAUCAUCUACCAUCCAUGAAUCAAUCAGCUCCAAGAUCGGGUUCAGCUGGCUCG